AUGGAGUGGGUAGCUGUAAACGAUAUGUUAGCUGAAAAUAUUACUAAGUUAAACUAUACCUUUAUUCCUCCCGGUUUUCGUGGAGAUGUGCGAAGUGUAAGAUUGAUGCAAAUCACCCUUGGGCAGCUAGUAGAUGCUCUUGGAGAACAAUCAGCUACUGCACAAGGUCUUAACAAAGUAAUCACAACAGCUGAAAAGCUGCGCAAUUCACCCACUCAUAUCUUAUAUCUCUUGAAAGAUGCCAAAGCCAAGGGUGGCAAAGGCGAUGUGAUUGGAAUGCUGAAGGUGGGCCGUAAGCACUUGUUCCUGUUCGAUGAGCACGACAAGGUUUGCGAGGUGGAGCCUCUGUGCGUGCUCGACUUCUUCGUGCUCCGCGACCGUCAGCGUCACGGGUACGGGAAGGUGCUCUUCGACCAUAUGUUGCAGGACAUGGAGACGUCAGCCCACGAGCUGGCGAUUGACGGGCCGUCACCGAAGAUGGAGCAGUUCCUGAACAAGAACUACGGCAUCGAGCGACUGCUGAGGCAGAACAAUAACUUCGCCGUCGCUCCGCAAUUCUUCGCGGGCGCAUCUGAAAUCAACGCAAAGUCCGGAAGGAGUACCCCCGUAGUGGCGCCGGCCCUGGGCCGCUUCGCUGCUCCGAAGCCACCUUCAGCUAUUGGCAUGGUUAUACACGGCGGCGGCUCUUACUGCGAGCAAGAAUCACGCAAUGGUUAUAAAUCCUGCAGAGCAAUGAACUUGUAC